GGGAGCUGUGUCCUUUGAUCUAAAACACUGAAGACAGAAAAUUAAAGGGAAGAUUUGAAGUUAUUUUCAGGGAUUAAGGGAGCUGUGUCCUUUGAUCUAAAACAGUGAAGACAGAAAAUUAGAGGGAAGGUUUGAAGUUAUUUUCAGGGAUUAAGUGAUUCCUGAUUGCUGCCUUCCUGUGUGCACGCGCAUCUGCUUCUAUUCACCACAGUCACCAUGUCUAAACUUCAGAAGAAUCCAGAAUGUGCAGAUGACCAAGGCCAGACCUGUGAGAAGACCCACAGCCAGAUUGCAGCAGUCGGCAGGGAUGUGGAGGAGCCUUGUACCUCCUCUCAUCUUAUGACUAGUAGUCUGAAGGGCCAGACCUGUGAGGGGACCCAGGUUGCAACAGUCUCCAGCCAUGUGGAGGAACCAUGUUCCUCCUCUCAGCUUAUGUCUAGUGAGGAGAGCCAGGCCCUAGAGAUUCCACAGGUGUCUAGGGAUGUGGAGGAGCCAUGUCACUCCUCCCAUUCUCUGAUGGCUAGCAACCAAAAUGGUCCAGCAGAUGAGACACCUAGUACCUCUGGGGGUCUUCAGAGUCUCUUUGAGUCUUUGAGAAACUCAGGUGGGGAUCUUAGCAACCAAGAACAGGGCUCUCCAGUCAAUCCACCAUAUCAACCAGCCACCAUGAAUGUACCUGUGAUGAGUGUCAAUAGUAAAAUUAACUUCUUGGUGAAUUAUAUGCUGUACAAGUAUCAGAUGAAAGAGAUGAUGAGCAAGACUGAUAUAUUGAGACUCAUUGUCAAAGAAGAUGAAGAUAGUUUUCAUGACGUCUUCAUGAGAUCUGCUGAACUCAUGGAGUUGGUUUUUGGCCUAGGUGUGAAGGAAGUAGAUCCUGUCAACCACGUCUAUGCGCUCUUUAUCAAACUAGGUCUCACCUAUGAUGGGAUGCGUAGUGAUGAGUUUAGUUUUCCUAAGACUGGUCUCCUGAUAAUCAUCCUAGGGGUAGUCUUCCUGAAAGGCAACCGUGCCAAUGAAGAGGAGAUUUGGGAAGCAUUGAAUCCAAUGGGAAUCUAUGCAGGGGUGAAUAAUUUCAUCUUUGGUGACCCUAGGCAGCUGAUAACCAAUGAGUUUGUGAAGGAACAAUACCUGGUGUACCAGCCAGUAGAGGAUAGUGAUCCUGUGCGGUAUGAGUAUGUGUGGGGGCCCCGGGCUCGAGCUGAAACUAGUAAGAUGAAAGUGUUGGAGUGUGUGGCAAAGGUUUAUGGGACACACCCAGCUACCUUCCAGUCUCAGUAUCAAGAGGCUCUGAUAGAAGAAGAAGAGAGAGCCCUUGCCUUGAUUUUAGACAGUGCUGGCCUAAGUUCUCGUUCUCGUGCAAGUUCUAAUGCCAUGGGCUGCAGUUUCCCUCGUAUGUAGUACAAUCAGAGAUAGCUUACUACUGCUAUAGAAUUUGCAGAGAAUUUUUAGAGUUGAGGGAAAAAAAUGUAGGUCCUAGUUUGAUAUAGAGAGGAGGAAGAAUAUUGUUUGCAUAGUUCUAUUUUGUCUGUGUAUCAUGACGUUUUUUCUUGCACUGUUUGACCUUUCUGUUUGAAUAUUGUUUCACUUAUUAGCAUUGUUGUUUGAGCUUCAAAAAUCUCUACUUUAUACAGUUCACAAAUGUAAUACUAAGAGCUUUGUCAUAGUAUAAAAAUAACUGGGAAUUAGUCCAAUGUAUCUAUAUAAUUAUGUGGAAUACUAUAAUAAUCAUUGCUAAACUUCGACCUUUCAAACAGUGUUGUGCUAAAUUUUUCUUUGUAACAUUC